AUGAAUAAGAGAGGGGACCUGAUCCUAGAUCUGCAUUCCUUCUUCGAGAUACUUUACGAAUAUGGGCCCAAAUGUAUUAUGACCACCAGAGAAGAUCAUCUUUCUGAUGUACCUCCAGAUGAUGCUCCGGGAUGUGAUCUACUUUAUCCUGCGUGGAUCCGUGCGGAUCGUCUUCCGGCCUGCUCACUAUGCCCAUCGACGGCUGAGCUUGUCCUAAUCACAGGGUCAGGGGGCGCCUUGGGACGUCUCUUCGCCCUGGAGUUCACCAAACACGGGGCAGAGGUGGUGCUAUGGGACGUCGACACUAACAACAACGAGGAGACUGUCAGGUUAGUGAGGGAGCCGGGGGGCAAGGUGCAGCCCUACAGGGUGGACGUGACCAACCGGGUGGAGGUGUAACGCACGGCGGACGAGGUGCGGACGGACCUGGGCCGUAAUGUCACCAUGCUGGUGAACAACGCCGGGGUGGUUGCCAGAGAACGGCUGAUGGACUGUCAGGAUUAGCUGGUGGAGAGGACCAUGAAGGUCAACUGUCACGCCCUCUUCUGGAUGACAAAGGCCUUCAUUCCCCAGAUGAAAGAGCAGAACCAUGGACACAUCAUCACUGUCGCAAGCAUCCCGGGUCUCUUCAGCACUACCUGUGUGGAGGAUUAUUGCGCCAGUGAUUUUGCGGCGGUGGGCUUCAACGAGUCCCUGGCCCACAAGUUGCUGACUGAGGAAUUUGAUGGAGUCAAGACCACUCUUGUGUGUCCCCAUAUUGUAGACACGGGGCAUCUCCCUGCUGCAUCCCUCAGGGAAGAGGUAGUACUGUUCCUGGCACCGCUGGAGCCUGAGUACUGUGUGGAGCAGGCCAUAAACGCCAUCCUGAUCGACCAGCCCCUGGUCUGCAUCCCACGCCUCACAUACCUGCCCGUCAUCUCCCGAGUGUGAGUACACAUAUUGAUUGAAUAAACUUUAUUGAUCACCCACUCACUUCGACAGCUCCUUGGAGCGGUGGAGUGUCUCGACAUCUGUCUCUCCACAACCUCUUCUGGGCCAGGUCGUAAUUCAGUUGGUCGGACCAUUGAUUGAUCCCCAGAGCCGAAAGCGGAUUUUUCACCAGCAGCACGCUCAGGUGCUCUGAUGAAGGCAUAACUGCCGAAACGCGUUAGCCUGCCAGCCCCAAAAUACAAAGCUGAAAUGAGGUGACGUGUUUAUCUUUUUUUGAUUUUGGAGUGCCACCAUUUCAGUGUUUUUUUAUUUGAGAUUUCAUUUUUGUCAUAUAUGGCAGAGCACCCAGCUAAUAAAGCAAUAGUGCGCUCAUGUUACCAACUUCACAUCAAAUUUAGUGUGGCAUGAUACUGCACACUUCCUCUUCCUGCAGUUGCCAUGGUGACCUAUCGGUUCAUGGGGUCAGACAAAUGCAUGCACCCCUUCAUUAAGAGCAAGAAGAACAAGCUAACCAAUGGAGGACCUACCCUGAUUGCCGCUAACUAACUCUCCCUUUCAAUUCAGUCUCUAAAGAUGAAAUCUAAGGGCCAGUUUCACACACAUAUUAAGCCUAGUCCUGGACUAAAAUUCUCCAUUGAGCAUGUUUUUUAAAUUCCAGGAAGAAGCUUAAACUGUGUCCGGGGAACAAACCUUGAGUGGAUAUAGACAAAUACUUAAUGGGAUAACAACUAUAUAAUGGGGAAAUAAAAUGCCACACUUUCUUCUCCCAAACUAUUCUGCCGACCCCAACUGUAAUACUGUGACCGUUGACCUUCCUGUGAGUAUGGCCCAACAUAAGGUCAUUCUGCUUUUGUAACACUUAAGUUAUUCCCAGGUGGUUUAAGGGCAUCACCAACCAUUCCCCUUGACUGGUUUAAAAGCAGGCUGGCACCAUCGGUCCUGUUCAGCUCGCUUUAAGCAACCCCGGAGGACAAUGUGAAAAGAAAACAUCUGAGCCAGCACAGUAAUGUCUUGAGUCUGCACAAUAGUGUGAAAAGGUUAUGUGUGUGACACCUGUGAUUGGUGGUCCUCUGAUUGCAUGUGAUGGAAUGGAAGUAAUGGUCAUUGGCCAGCAAUGAAGUCUUGCAGGACAGGGUGGUUUACCAUGUGUUUGACAGGUCAAUAAUAAUAAGUCAGCCGUUUGUUUGGCUUAAACAUCGACUGCUGUCACAGUAAAAACACUUGAGUGACUGGGUUUGUUUUUCCGUCAC